GAAAUUGAAAUUUUCAUGCGUUCCCCUAACACUUGAACCAUCUCCAUAAAUUCUACAUCGCCUGCUUGCUUCAGGUGACGUGUGUGAUGCUGGAAAAGUCUGAAUGCCUUUGCAAACAGCUUCGUUGAAGCUGGAAUGUUCACAAAGUCUUAGUGUUUUUGGUCCAGGAAACAUUUCAGGCACUAGGGCCAUGUGGAAACCCUCUGGGAGGGGGAAGGAAAGAAAGAAAGAGAAAACUUUGGGUGUUUUUUUCCCUCUCAUUGUUGACUGCUGUAAGUCGUCUGGGAAGUGCAUGAAGUCCACAGCUGAGUGAAGAGGACUGUUCCAGGCAGGAGUCUGAGAGCGAUGCUCAGCUCACACACGGCACGUCAACGGAGCCUGGAGGACGGCGAUUCAUUCUCAGCAUCAACUGCUACACACAGGGCUUGCCCUUCACCAACCUUGCUUUCCACCAUACAGGCAUGGACUAGGAGCCUCUGGAGACUCUGAGGGCUGGACAGACAGAGCAGGACAGACGGAGUUAGCCGGAGAGUCACGUGGCCCCAUCUCCUUAUCUCAGCCGGAGGGCGUCAGACACUCUGGAGAGCUUCUGCGCUUGAGGUUUCAGAAACAUUCUCACCUGCUUUUAUACUUUGUGUGAUUGGCCACUUUCUGCCUGAGGUGCAUCAUGCUGCCCACCUGUGUUGUGUUGAUGUGGAUGUUGCUGGCCAGUGGACUGCAGGCCCAGGAGCCUGAAAGCGAAGGCCACCCCUGGAGGCAGAUGAUUCAGUGGGAGAACAACGGCAGAGUGUACAGCCUGCUGAACAGCGGGUCCGAGUACCUGCCCGCCAGGGGCCUGGAGCAGGACCAGGGCCACCGUGUGCUUCUGGCUGAUGGGCCCCCCAGCACCCCCCGCAGGCCUCACGGGGGCAGCAUGCGCCGGCAGGCACCUGCCCGGAGCAGCUCCGACACACUGCGAGGCCAGACCAGGCACCCAUUUGGAUUUGGGCAGGUACCAGAAAUCUGGCGUCAGGGGGCAGUAAGUGGGAGCAAUGCAGGCGGCCGCGUACAGCAGUCCUCCGGCGCGCGUUUUCGGAGCUCCGCCUCCUCUUCGUCGUCCUCAUCCUUCUCCGAGCCGCCAUUCACCGGGUCAUCACACCCACAAUACCCAUUUCCUCAGCAACCGUCCUAUCCCUUGUCGUACGAGCCGGGUGCCGGGGAGGAGCUGGGUCCACGGCCAGAGCCUCCCUUCCAGAGGGGGAUCGGCUACUCGGGCGGGAGAGGCUACAUCGGUGGCGGAUAUACCAGUGAGCGCAUGGCCGCACACCCCCCACGAGCCUUCCCAGACUACGCCGAGAACAGCUUUCGCUACCUCCAGCCGUACGCCGGCUCCCCGGCUCAGCCACCCUUCUCGGACGGCCUUGACCGCAGGUACAUGCACAGCUUGUACAACGAAGAACCCAGCGCUGGCAGCCCCGACCCGGCCCCCAACCCGGCUGCCCCGGCUGCCCCGGCUGCCCCGGCUGCGGACAGGACAGAUGCGGCUGCACAGACACCACUCCGCAGCCCCCAGUACGAGCAGUUCCCCCCCUUUGGGCGGGUGCUGCCCCAGCCCCCCUUCCUGCAACCCGCACACGCUGGUAGGAACACAGCAGAAAACCCCAACACCAGCGUGGGCAGUGUCUUCCGGCCGCAGCAGAGAGGUUUGCCAGACCUCGUCCCAGAUCCAUACUAUGUCCAGGCCUCCACGUACAUCCAGCAUGCUCACCUCUACUCGCUACGCUGUGCCGCUGAGGAGAAGUGCCUAGCCAGCACUGCCUACGGCUCUGAGGUCACCGACUACGACGUCCGGGUGCUGCUGCGCUUCCCACAGAGGGUUAAAAACCAGGGUACAGCUGACUUCCUGCCCAACCGGCCUCGGCACACCUGGGAGUGGCACAGCUGUCACCAACAUUACCACAGCAUGGAUGAGUUCAGCCACUAUGACCUCCUGGAGGUCAGCACGGGCCGCCGGGUAGCCGAGGGCCACAAGGCCAGCUUCUGCCUGGAGGACACCACGUGUGACUUCGGUCACCUGAAGCGCUACGCCUGCACGGCACAUACUCAGGGCCUGAGUCCAGGCUGUUACGACACCUAUAAUGCUGAUAUUGACUGCCAGUGGAUCGACAUCACAGACGUGCAGCCAGGGAACUACAUACUCAAGCUCCAGGUGAAUCCAAAGUACAAGGUGGCUGAGUCCGACUACACCAACAAUGUGGUGCGCUGCGACAUACACUACACAGGCCGCUACGUCACCACCAAGAACUGCAAGCUGUCCCAGUCCUGAUCGCUCCUCUCGGAGGCUCCUGUCCAGGGAGGAUCGUUCCCCCAUUCUGACAUGAACAGAAUCCGUUUAAUGCUUUCAUCGCCGGUUUGCUUUAGUGGACCUCAAUCUCCCCGACUAACAUGAGUAUAUUUACACAAGGCCACGCUGGAGUGAAGAGUCACCUCACUGGGCCUCCAGAUGUCGACAUUCCUCACGUUCUCCAGUCCCCUGUCAGGCACCCUUUUCCUCUGGAGCUGGUCCAGCGUGUGUUCAGUGCGUUGGGAAGCAGCCCCAUAUGUCACCGUUCAGCAGCCUUCCACCCUUUGUGCCUUUGGAAUGAGGUAUCUUCAUGUGCACAGCUACACGUAUGUCAUUUGUUUUUUUAAUUUUCCUCUGUUUCCACAAAAUACCACAUUGGCCUUCUUGAACCCUCAUAUUAACUAGAUACGUCUUGGGAGUCGAAAACGUUUCACUCCAGAUGUAUGUGAAGAAGCUAGCGCCCCUCAGAGGCGAAGUACUGUAAGAGCAGCUGAGGGGCAUCCUUCUCUGGAUUCGAGACAUGAAGCUGAAAGACGUGCUGAAGCUGCACUCACACGUGCGCAAACAGGCCAGCUGGGGCCCAGCUUACACCCCAGUAGCCUCUCGAUCCCCCCCCCCCCCCCCGGGAUUUCCCGACACCGCCCUCACCGCUCAGAGCUCCAGUCACUCAUUGGCGAUUUUAUGUGAAUGUACAUAAUUUACUGUUGCAUGAAGCAUUUAAAAAUGUGUUUUUUAUCUUUAUCAUUCUGUAAUUUUUAAAACGAUCUGUUGUUUUCUUAAUAUCUCCAGUACUGUGUUUUUGGGGUCUUCUUCCACUCUUCUGAAAAAAAGACCAAAAAUGUAUACUUGGUAGUUUUAUGUGAUACUGCAGCCUGUGUACCAACACCAGCUACUGCUCCAAGGCUGGUCCAGGUGCGAGGGGCAGCACAGCAGGGAACAUACCUCUGAAUUAGGGACUUACUGUCUUCAGUGGGCAUUUUAGACCUCAGGUCUGCUUAAUGUCUUAUAUGCUGACUAAUUUCCAUUUUUGCAAAGAUCCUGGAGGUCUCUGAAAGCCUCAAAGGGAACAGACUCAUAUCAAAUCCCCAAGAGAAACUGCGCAUCAUUUCCUGUGUAUUACAGCGUCUCACAGAUGGAAGUGAACAUUAUAUAUACAUGCGACGAUUAAUCAAGCUUACCUUAUAUUCAGGUGAUUCACUGGGUUAUCUCUGUACUUCAGCACCACAGUUGCCUAGAUAUGUGUUUGAUCUUAGACGACCUUAGAUGUGAUCAUUCAACUGUUGAAAAUUUCUCAUUGUGGUUAAUAUGCUUGAAAUAUUUUGAUAUUCCCUGAACUAACAAUAAAAAUGUCACAGUGUAAA